AUGUCUACCCGAGAACGACGCAAGGAGCUACUCUCCCCCAACCUCGAAUAUCUCCAAACAAACGUCUUUCGUCAGCCGCUCGAUGAUGAAAUGAAACGGACGGUGGCGGAUGGCCUCGAAUAUUAUGUGAAAAAUCUGAACCUAAAGUCAAGAGUAAAGAAAUGCAAAGACGUUUCAGUUGAUAGUAUCAAAGAAUCAUUCGGUGUAAGGGACACAACAACUUGGAAACGGAUAAGGUGUAUCGUGCAAUCUAUCCACGAAGAAUACGUCGACUUUCACGAUAAGUCCCGCUUCACGAACCUUACAUUAAUAUUACCGGAACAUUUAUUUCGAAUGUGCCAUGCUAUUAUCCUACAAGAUUCCAUUAAGCAACUACCUCAGCACCCAAACCCAAUCAUGGCUCAUGCCAUAUGGCUACUCUGUAACCACAUUGAAGGAACACGCAAAACUAGACCCACCAAAAAGCAGUCGAGUAGACUAGCCGCGAUUCCCGCCCAAAGCCUUGAAUCUUCUAGCGAACUCUAA